AUGCUUCGCUCGAUGCCCUCACAGCGGUCCUGGGUCGUGGCGCUGACGUGGACGCAGCUCAUGAUGCCCCCAGGCGCACUCAGCGCACCCGUCGACGACACGCGCCCGCCCGAUACCCAAGAAGCAAUCCAGCUCGUCGAGCGCGGGCACUACAUCGCCAUGCCGCAGGCGGUCAGAGUCCUCAGCUUGCUCAUCGUGGUCUUGUCGAGCAGCAUAUGCUUCGCUGCCCUCAUCGUACUGACCAUAUAUGCCUCGGCGUUCGCUUUCGUCCUGUCGUCUACCUUGCUCGAGUUCGGAUACCCCCUUGACCAAGAUGCCGUUGCUUGUGGGGCGGCAACGAUACUCUGCUUGAGUGCUUAUAUUGUUGUCAAGGUUGUUUAUUUUCUGUUCCUUAUCGACAGAGUGCACAUCGUUCGAGGUGCCGUUGGCAGCCGACUCAAGUCGAGACUGUACAUGUUUAAUGUCACCGUUGUCAUAGGCAAGGCUAUGCCCAAGAGACAUCGGAACUCUCGACAGCAGAGUGCUCAUUUCGUGGCUAGGGAAGCUCAUCUUACACAUGAAAUCAUCAGCCGGAUCGGGAAGAUAGACAGAGGGAUGUGUCUCAUCGGGCUGGAGCCCGUCGUCAUGAUCCCCGAAAUCGCGUUUGACGUCGCAGCAAACAUUCACUCUUCACCUCCCUCCCUCCUCCCCAAGCACGGGCCCCCUUUCUCCUAUUCACGACUCAACCCGCCAAACAACCCUUAUGGUCUUGCUUAA